CUGUAUUUGAACUGGCAUGCCGCUCUUUGUUGUCAAUCGAUGUCUUCUAGUCUGUCAUACUGGAGCCUGAAUCAAACAACCAAGGGGACAUCAUAUCGCACAUAUAUAUUCAGGCUUUACACCGAGUUUACAUAACAUGAAGUUAACUUGGUUUCGGGCUGUUACGGGGUUUUUGCUCUAUGAUCCCGCAAGUGAGAGUUCGCCAGCUCCGCCAGCACAACACCUAGUAUGCUCGGACAAGUGCAUUAGCGUGGAAAUUUUGCAACCCCGUUUCUUCCCUGAGUUGCAGUCGCAGAGACUGAAGAUCAGAUAUGGACCCUUGACCGCGCCAUCGGCGCAUGACAACGGCGGGAUGGCAUCCUUCUACUUCCCCAUCCAGCCGCCCUGUACAGACUGUCUCCUCACGCACAUCCAGGCAGACCUCGAGUAUGCGAACGGCUCUUACGCGAACGUCAAUACAGGCCUGUCACUCCACCAUGUCGUGAUCGGGAAUUUGAGACUGCCGUCCGUGACCUGCCCGUAUGUCCCGGAACGCCUGUUUGCCUCUGGAAACGAGAGAACGCCCGCAAAUAUCUGUCUCAACGGUACGCAAAAGGCCGGCUAUCACAUUUCAGACAAUGAUUCGUUUCAGUUUCUAGCGGAGCUUAUGAACGAGGUACAUGAAGAGCGAGCUGCCGUCAUAAGCAUCGACUGGGAGUUCGUCCCAUCCGCUGCAGCAGUAAUGGCUUCGAGUGCCUUCGCCUCGGUGACGCCCUUGUGGUUAGACAUUGCUGGGACCUGCGGUGAGAACGGGUCCGAGGUAGCCGUCCCUAUUAUCACCAACACCACCGCCACCUCAAAUACGAGUACGGGCGCUAUGGGUGGCACCCCCGCUGACGCCUUCAGCCUUGUCAUGGACCCGCCAUGGACGUCUAACUUCUCAGCCAAGGUCCUGCUAGCCUUGGGCCACCUCCACGACGGGGGUAUCGACUUGCAAGUCAUUGCUAAAGAGACGAACAAAGACGCCGUCGUGUGCAACUCGGUUGCUGGGUACGGCGAGAGCGCCGGGUACGUGGUUGACCAUCCCGUUCACCACCACGAUUGCGGCGACGACGAUGACGACCACGACCACGACCACGAGAGCCAGCACUUCACGACCGAGAUAGCCCUGUCAUCCAUGAGUUCGUGCGCCGCUAGUGGUGUGCGUAUCAAGGCGGGCGAGAAGUGGUCGGUGCAGGCUAAUUACAACUUCACGCAGCAUGCCGCUACGCACUCGCAUGAGGAUGGCAUGCCGGCGCCUGUCAUGGGAAUCACGUUGAUGUAUGUCGUCAAAAAUUCCUAGGCGCGGCCUAGGCAGGAGAUAGGCAGCGCAGGAGAGGAUGAGAAGGAAGCCUCUACUGCUCGGAUGUCACAGUCUUGCACGGUUUUGUAAUUUUAAAAGUAUUGUAUCAAUCUGUGAUGUAGAACCAACCACCACUGGGGUAAUGAUUGGUUACAACUCCUGCAGAUUACAAUCCCAAUCG